AGUUAAUACGUGUCUUGUUGCAGUUGUGUGUAUGAGCAAUAGGUUUCGUGUCGUUUUUUCGGCUGUAUCACUGUUUCAGAAGGUUCGCGCUUUAUAGUCGCGUUUAAAUCUCUCGUGUGUGAUGAUACUCGUGCUAGCCACAAUAGAGCGAUCCGGUGUUAAGGUGGGACAGUCGACGAAUUCGCAUCCACUCACGCAUCCGAAGUUUUAACGCCAGUUAUAUUUUGGAGGAGGUGGUUAUCUUCGAUUUGAAUAAGGUGUCAGAGUGCAACAACAAACAGCUGGUUUAUAAAGUGUGAGAGACAGCCUGACGAAUCUCCGCUCGUCGUUGGGAUAAGUGUGCGGAUUUUCCAUGCUUCUCAGUUCCGGUUCCUAGUUUUUAAUAGCCAAGAAUUUAAAAAUAUUGAAAGAGUGAAUGAAAUGAAAACUGUUAUUUAGCGACAAUGUAUCAGUAGCAGCGCGUUUGUCACAACCACUCAAAGCAUGUGGUUCAGAACACUAUUGAUCAUUCAAGCUACCGAUAAAAGUAAGAAAAUAUGAAAAUGGCUUGUUGAUUCAACAUCCAGAAAGAAAAAAAAAUGAAAUAGAAAACUACUAACGGCCCAUUGGAUAAAUAAGGAAAUAUGGUAUAGUGAAUGUAGGAUUUAUUAGUCUGUGCAAUCGGAGAUAAGUUUUGUAAUUAUAAUAAUUAUCUCAAUUGUGAAGUGGCCAAUAGAUCCGGACAAUGUUAUUGUUCUAACAGUGAGUUCCAAAGGUAGAAACAUUCUAGAACUGUGUAACGUCGCAAGCACAGACGCGGUUUGCGACCGUAAACUUGGACCGUAUUGCGCUUGAAUGUUUAUGGAUAAAAUAGAUGAUCAAAUAGUACCAUCAUCAAGCUCGUGGGUAAUGCAGUCACCAGAAUUAGAAUUUCGGCAUGAGCUGAUGGGGCGCAUAAAUAAAUUGGAAAGCGAUGUCGAGCUGGACGUUGUGCCGAUUAAUCAACAUCAUCCAUCAUCAAGUUCUCCGCUACCUCAAUCAGGGUUGGUUGGAUACGGGAGCCAAGGUUAUGACCAUUACAGUAAGGAGCUCUUUUUCGGAAACAAACACCGAGAUGCUUUGUGCGGAGACUCCGAUGAUUCUUUCCUGCGACCGCCCUUAUGGGAAGACAUUACCAGUUCAAUUCAGAACAUUGACCCGGAGAAUGCAGUUAUGUUGGGAACUCUGAACGGUAUUCCCCAGGUUAAAACAGAGGCUGUAGAUGAUACUUUCCUAGAACCGCUCUCCUCGCCGUUGUUGAGUCCGUUAGAGAUAAAAACUGAAAAAAAUCACAUAGUGCAUAGCAACAAUAAUAACAAUAACAUACACCAAAACCAUCUUAUAGGCGAUAGUACUUGUAACUCAAAUAACACUAGCAGUAAUAGUACUGGAAACAUAUUUCUACCUAAUAGUGAUAUGACCUAUCUGCAUCAUUCGCAUCCCCAUUCAACAUCACUGGCCCCUAGUCACCACGUUCAUGGUCAGCAACACAAUCUCAAUGGUUACAUGGGUUGUACCAACGCUAGUGGAAGUCUUCAGGGUUCCUCCACCGGUCACCAUUCGCAGCAUCAUACUCAUAGCCAUCAUGUACAAGUUAACCAAAACAAUAACUAUUACCAUUGGUCACCGCAUCAACCUAGCACAGGAGGAAGUCAUGGAGCUGGCCAGAUAUAUCAUCCUAAGUAUCAAGGCUCUGCAAUCUGCGCUCCUAUCUCCAGGCUGAUGUAUGUUCCUCCCCUAACCCCACCAAACUCAGACCCCGGAAGCCCCGGAACGACCUUGCAGAACCCACCUCGACGAACACCUCCGCCACCAUACCAUCCACAACAAGUGGCGUCGUUGACGGUUCAUUUAGGCACGGGCGGCCAUCAAGCGUCGCACCUUCAUCAUCAUCCGCACCCAUCAGCCGCUACAACAUCCUCUAGCGGUGUGCCUACCGGAUCUCAACAGCUUCAUUCUCAACUGCAACCUGGUCAAUCACAUACUACUUCAGCAGUGAACCAAAUUUCGUCCAAUCAGAUAGCAAUAGCAUCAAUAGCAAUUAACGGUAGUAGUUCGAACAGUAAUAGUGGUAAUAGUGCUAGUAAUAAUAACAAUCACAACACCGGUAGUGUUACUAAUAGUGCAAGCAGUGCUCCAGGAAGAAAACGGACUUCUCAACAUAGCAUCAAUAGUGUUCUCAGCAGUGUAGGAGUGGUUAAACAUAUCGUGGGGCGAUAUAAUCGAAGAAAUAAUCCGGAAUUAGAGAAGCGGCGGAUACAUCACUGUGAUUUCAUAGGUUGCACAAAAGUCUAUACCAAAAGCUCGCAUCUGAAGGCCCAUCAACGAAUUCAUACAGGCGAAAAACCAUACACCUGUCAGUGGCCAGAGUGCGAAUGGCGUUUCGCGCGGUCCGAUGAGCUUACGAGGCAUUACCGCAAACACACAGGAGCCAAACCAUUUAAAUGCAUCGUUUGUGAGAGAAGCUUUGCCCGUAGCGAUCAUCUGGCACUGCAUAUGAAACGGCACUUACCAAAAAACAAAUGAAACAUCUUCAAAUCCUUCGUAACUAAACGCAUUCGCUGCAUCAGGCUUAAAGCGAUUCCACUGCUGACCCACAUCCAGGUCUCUCUAAGCUACUGCAAGUCCCAGUUCCAUCGUUUUCAGGCAGUAGAUACUAAUGCUGUAAUUAUUCCUUGCAUAGUUAAGAAUUUUGUUUCGUUUUUCUGUUUGUUUUCAAAUCACUUUGUUUGGUUCCCAUAAAUGAGGGUGAAUUUAAUGAUUAUUUUAACAAUCGAUUCAAAGAAACUGUCAUCCUAUUCUGUGCCGGUUAAGUACAUAAAAGUCAAUCUGGAUCUCAAGUUGGUGACAAUGUGUCGGCAUCAAACAAUUUCAUAUUUAUAAUCAUUUGUGUACAUUACCCAAGCAUGAAUCAUAGCGGAUAAAAAGAAAAAAUAGAAAUUUGGAAAUUUCUGACCAAACGCUACGGUUCUAAGAGGCAUCUUUGUUACUAAAAUACAAAUGGAGAAAUACAAACAAUAACGGAAUUCUCACCUUGCUUCAAAAAACUGAACAUCAUUAACAUAAUUUACAAAGAUGAUUUUGUUGUUGAAACAUGUCGAAGGAAUUUUAACACUAAACUACAUUUAGUGGGUGGAGCACAUAAAUUUUGAAUGUGAUGUUGGACAAGAAAAAAAAACAAGAUAAAUUUAUAUCGUCAAAUGUUGCUGUUAUAUUUGCCAGCUAUGUAAAAGCAGGUAUUGAUCCAAACAAUGUUAGUCUAUAGCGAUUAAGUUUGGCGAAACUCUAACAAACAAUUUUGAAAGAAUCACCAGCUGCGGUAUUUUUGUAACUAUGCAAUUUUGUUUUGUUUAAUACGAAGUAUCUUUUUGAACCAAUGUUGUUGUUUUUACAACUUCAUUUGAUUUCACAUUUCAUUUUAUUCACAUUGCUAUUUCAUUCUUAAAUCUUAUGUAACGAAACUACAAAAAUAUCAUCAUCUGCAGCACUUUUCCAUUGUUGACGGGUUGAUAUUUGUUGACACUCUUGAGUGAAAGUGAAAAAAGCAUCCAUAAACGUUAUUUUUUACAAUCCUUUCAGAGUUCUCCCUUCCCACCUUUUGCAUGGAAGGUUACUGCCAAAACAUCUCAUUAUAUUUCAUGCGAUGGAAACAAGACAGCAAAAUCAGUUUAUUUCUUUUUACUAUGCCUAUGGAAUAUUUCACUUCCAUGCAAUGUUCAUAUACUCUUUCUUCGAUCUUUCGUUAUUCGUUAACGAAGAUUGUCAAGUCAUCGGUCAGUGUCAGUGAAAAGUGUUUCGGUGAGGUUCAUUUUGGUUGAAUGGAACGAAAUAGUUAUCGACGACAACAAUGGACAAAAAUAUUACGCCACAAGAAACUGGCUCCGGAAGAUCCACAUAGAUGUUUCUAUAAGCAAAAGAUGCCAUUUUGUGCUAUUGGUUUUUUUUUUUUGGAAAACGAUUCAUUUGUGAGAAGCUAAAAAUGAAAAAUGCUAAAAAUGAAGAAGCUAAAAAAGAAAAAUGCUAUUUUGGGACGGUAUUGAUAACACAGUGAAACAAAAAUUGACUUUUUUUCUGCCUUGGCUUCUAUAUAUCAUUUUUUUGUGCAUUUUUAUGCAAAACUGAAUUUCCCCGAGUUUGAACAUAUUUCAACUUAAGGGGCAACAAUGGCGCCAUUUUGAAUUUUUGAGAAACCGGUAAUUUUUGUGGUUUUUUCGACGCCAUUUUGUUUUGAGGCCAAAUAUCAAAAUUCUAAGAGUUUGUACACAUAUAAGCAUCUUUUUACCCAUCUUUUGGAAAAAACAGAUCUUAAAUCGGACAAAAACUGAGUUCAAAACGGUGAUUCUACGAAACCGGGUUUGGCAUAGUUUCAGUAUAUUUUUCACAAAGCAAAAUAAUAUCGAUUAUUUUUGAGCAUUAAUGGUAAUUCGCUAAUAUCUUAAAGUGGUCGUCAAAUUAUAUCUUAUUCUGAGUAAAAAAGUCUCAGAAAUCUAAUGGUAGGUGUCUGUUCUACGUGAAAUGUUCUUCGGCAAAGUUGUAGAUAUUAAUUUUUCUUGAAAAAAAUGUUCUACGAAAAUAAAAUUAAAAAAAAUUCCAAAAAAUCAUAAUUUUUUUUCCCGAAUUACACCAUGAUCGGACCGAUUGCAUUGUUCAGGUAAUCUUUUGUAGUUUUUAUAAAAAUAAAAAAGAUUUAAAAAAGUGAGCUUUUUUUAAUUUCUAACUUUUUUUCAAACAUUCAAUAUAUUUUUUAGAGUGUAGAUUUUUUUCGGAAAGAUGAAAUUAUUUAUUGAAGUGUAUAUUUUUUUCGGAAAGAUAUUAUUAAAAAUUUAACAAAUAGCACAAAAUGACAUCUUUUGCCUAUAGAAACGUCUAUGCAAAGUUUCAGACAAAUCAAAAAUGGUUGAUUAAAUUGGUUGCCCGUUUUUUGUGGAAUUGCGCUGCAGAUAUUCUGCGUCACAGCAAUUGUAUCAUCCAUAUUAAAAACGACGUGCCACCCCAGAAACAACCACCGCUUCUCCUGGUUUUGGCAAAAUCUCAAUCUGCAAUUUUGGAAAAUGAGGGAAUAAAAUGACACAGCCGCAACCAGAACACUUAUCUGCUUGCAAUCACAUAGUUUUCCUUCAUGCUAAGCAAAAACAAACCGGCAUUAAAGAACAAAAACAGAGUAAACGAACGCUUGUGUUAAAUGGGGAUACAUUUUAACCACUGUUCUCUUGGAUUCACUCUUGCUUGAAUCAGUUUUGACGUUUCGUUUUGAUAACGCUUGCUGUUUGUUUUUCGUUUUCGCUUUGACGAAGGAACAGUAAAGAUCAGUUGAUUGGAUUCGAACGAAAAUCUAGUGAAUCUGAAAGAGUGCUGCGAUAGUUGGAAGUGAAAAUUGAAAAUGAUUGGCUGUAAUUUUCGAAGAAUUUUGUUGGGGAGAAUGAAUUUUAUCAGCACUAGUUGUAUACACUAAGGUUGCUUUUUACGCGGUUUUUUUACGCGGGUUUUUUUUGCGGCUUUUUACGCGGAUUCCGGAAUUAACGCGGUUUUUUACACGGACUCCGGAAUUUACGCGGUUUUUUUACGCGAAUUCCGGAAUUUACGCGGUAUGUUUUGGGCGGAUUUCGGUUUCUCUUCACUCAGAUUGCAUAAUUAACGCAGGUUUUUUACGCGAAUUCCGGAGUUUACGCGGGUUUUUUUACGUGGAUUCCGGAAUUUACGCGGUUUUUUUACGCGGCACGUAUCCCCCGCGUAAAAAGCGACUUUAGUGUAAUAAACUAGGAGCUGCAACUCUUUUUCGCAUCACAAUUGGGUUCUAUAAUGCAUCAAGCUUUUGACAAAAACUGAGUUUGUUGCUUGGGUAGUGUUUGACGCAUUUCCUUACUCGAAUUUCCGUAUUUAAAACAAAAGUAUUCACCAGUCGUCAUGACUAGUAUUCGUUUUAUAACAUAAUCAUACAAGUAAUAUGGUGAUAUGCUAUGGUAAUAAUUUAUAAAUUACGCAUGUGUUGCCAUAUAUAACUGGUAAAAUGUUUUGAUUUUAGAAAUCCAAAGUUAUUCAUGACAAAACUAUAUGAAAAUGGUAUUUAAUCUCUUGUUUAAAUGGUAGUUAUUCUAAAAUUAUUAAAUUAUAUAUUAUAUUCAGACAAUCAUCACCAAUAUAGCUAAUUCCAUACCGCAAGCAAAAGAAUCUAUGAAGAAGAUUUACUUGCAUACACAUUAUGUUCGGAAUUGUUUUAAAUUCAUGAAUGAAGAGUUAUGUUUUUUGAAAGCCGCUUCGCAAAAGUCACUAUCGUUCCUUUAUUAUAAAAUACAAUCUCACUAUCUUCGAUGUGUGGAACCAAACAAAAAAGCCAUAGUUUUUUAUGUUAUGUAUUGAUUCACUUUUUAGUAAAACUAUUCGAUCUCACCUAAGAUAGCCGCAUAUGUUUUUUCGUCCUCAAGUAAUUGCCAAUAGGUAAAACUAUCAUAUGAGCUCACAAAAUCGUUUAUAUUUACUAAAUCAAUCCAAAUUAUUUAAAUAAUAAAAAAUCGAUGUUACCACGUAUCUACACCAAUGCCUACUUGCCCUGGGCUGAUUCCUGUGUUAAUAUCCCGCUCGGCAGUAAGUGUUGUAAUGCACAUUUACCUACAUCAUAAAUCACGAGUUCAUUAAAAUAAUUAAUAUAUAAAACGUCGUGUUUUUAGUUGUCAUUACUAAUUAAAACAGCUCCAGAAUGGAAACAUUACUCGCCGCACCACACUAUUAAGGUGUACUGAUUUGCAUGGAGAAAGUUACAAAAUAGAUUUAUAUUUCUACUUUUUUAGAAUUGCCUUGCACAAACAAUCUUCCGUACUUUUAAUUAAUUUGAGUAUAGUUUUGUUGUUUAAUUUUGUUCAUCCAUUUAUUCAUACUAUUAAAACGUUCGGUAUAAUCUUUCGAAGUUAUUCAUUUUUGUGUUUCAAAGGCAAGCACUAUAAACUUUCUAGAACAGUAAUAACGAUUUAUUUGGUGUGAUUUUAGUACAAUGAACCAUACUUUCGCCCGUGAGUUUACUGACUGUUCACAAUAAAUAAACGUAAAAAUAAAAUAUGUUUUGUAUAUCUUUUUCACGCUGCGUUCAAUAAUAGUAAUUUCUCGAAAAGUGUAAAUAGAUUUGAGUAAAUGGAUUUUAAUGUGUAAGAAAAGACCCGUCGACU